AGUGGUGGGUAGUAAAUGAUUGUCAGUACCUGGAGACAAGGAGUCAACUGUUUAGAGGUUAAAUUUGUGUCCUUAAGAAGUGGGAGUGUACCGAGCAGACUUUUUCGGCACACUUGUGCUGCCCUAAAACAGCUGGCGCAAGAGAGAGAGAGAAAGAGAGAGAAAUGAGGGAAGAGUUGAGAAGAUCAGAACUGAAAGCAAAGCAGAAACUAGAACAAGAUGGCAUUUGACUGGUGGCCUCCUUGUAACUAAAUAUGAUUUUAUUUUACUUAAAAUUAGUUUUUAAAGGGUACAUAUGGCUGUUAUGGGAGUCAGACCUCGGAACAUAAGACACCAUAAUGCUCCAAUGACUCUCUGAUUUGACAAUGGAGGGAGUAGUCGUAUCUGAGGAUGCUGAACCCCUGCCUGUUGCCUUCAAAAACACUGAUGCCCACCACGGGGAGAGAUUGGAACUCCAGCUGCCAGAAGAUGGCUGUCCUUCCAGCACCAGCCCAGAACUUGGCUCCCCUUCUUCCACCUCAUUGCCUCCUAAUCAGCAAGCCCAUGGUUCUGCAGUAUCAGCACUCCAGUCCAAGGUCAAGGCUCUCUCCAAACACAAAGUUGUUUUGAAAGAACCUGGAAACAAGAGUCAGGACAAGAGGAAGGUUCCAGGGACCUUCAUGUUGGGAUACACUCUCACUGACGCUUGGGGCUCCAGCAGCAGUGAUGAGGAUACAGAACCUUGCAAAUCUCUGAUGUUCCUCUUAGGAGAACCCAAGACUCAGGUAGACUUUGUAGAGAGAGGAGAUCUUGUAGAUUAUGAUCCCAUCUAUUCUGCAGCCAUGCUGGCAAUUCCCUGUGGCCUUGGAGAAGAAGCAAGCUUGGAAAACCUCUCGAGUGAUGUCUGUAGUACUCAAGAUAAGGCUUUCCCAUCCGAUAAACCAUGGAUGCCACCUAAGUGCUUCUGUAAAUCCAUUAGGCCAGAGAUGCCGCUUUCAAAUGGGGAAGUUUCCGUGGUGAAAGACAGACCAGUUGGAGGAAUCUUACCUUGGUCCAUUGGCUCCAAAAUAGGCCACAAGUUUCAAAGGGAACUGCAAAGGUCUGACAGCCUAGAGAGCCACCUAUGCAGGUACAAUCAAAUUGAGGUAGGACCAGCCAUGCUGCAAAGCGGACUCUGGCGGGCCGACAGCUUGGAGAGCGUGUGCAGCAAUGGUAGCUCACUGUCUUUGGCUGAGAGGGUAGAGAUGAACCGCAGCCUUCUCAAACAGAUGCUGCAAAAAGCCCAGAACAAAAACGCAGAGGGUGGUCAGGUGCCGAACUCAGAGCAGAUGCUAGAUAACCCAACACACUUUGGAGGAAGAGGUAUCUGUGGCCUGAAUGACAGUGAUUGGGAUUCUGGGAUAUCCCUCCAAGGUAGUGAACCAAGCCAAAGGGCCUUUGUGUUGGGCAAUGACCUUCCGCUAAGCCCUCGCCAUGAGCAGGCCAAACGACUGCUGGAGAGAGCGCGUAUGAAGGCCCGGUCCAACCCUCUCAAAGCCGACCACACCAUCCUACCCGUCCAGAGGGACAACCCGGAGUUGCUCUCCUGGGUUGGUGUACCCUUACACCAGGCUCCUCUUGCAGGGAAGGAAGGCGUGGCGGUGGUCUCGGGAAACCUCAGUGACUCUUCUAGUGGCGACUCUGCAGGUGGAACCCGGCAUAGACACGGUCAGUCCCCUACGCGUGUGCGAUUCGAAGACGAAUCGGAGAAAGAUGCUGAAGUGCGCUACCUGGAACGACUACGUCAGCGUUGCAGAGCUGGAGAAAGAGCACAAGGCCUGUUGGUGUCCAAACCCACCUUGUCCUCGUACAUCAAUGGACAUACAGAGAUGGGACAUGGCUCAAGUGAUUCGAUAUUCUGGAAGGCAAAAGCCAAAAGGAGCUUAGCGAAUGGCAAUGGCCAUUACAAAGGUCCGGUACCAGAGGCGGCAAGUAGACAGUGUGAUUUUUGCGGGCCCUUUUUUAAUGAGGGCCACGGGCCUAGUCUGAUCUUGAACUCUCUGUCUUUACCGCAAGCAAAUGGUGAAGUCGAAGGUAAGAAAAUACCUUGCUGGGUGGCUCCCACACUUCCCAAUCGCCUUGUCCGCAUCGAACAGGUUAAGGAGACUUACACUGGGACAGCGAGUUCUGUAAUUGUCCAGAGCGAUGGAACACAUUGCAGCCCUGAGAUCAGUGCAGAUAACUUGAGCACAAGAGGAACAUUCCAGAAGCUGAAAAAUAAGGUGAGGAAACUACAAAACAAGCAGGAACCCUUGUACGUCAAUGGUGUCAUAGCUCCAACACCUCCAAACUGCAACAAAUUCACACCUAAUGGAACUCAGAUGUGUCUGUCAAACGGAAUAGCAACACUGCCACUCAACCCCUAUGCCACAGAUCCACCUGGACCAAUGAGGAUAACGGACACAUGUAGCCCUUCAUCCUGCAGCAAAGGCUCUGUGGCUCCUCCCUUGCCUCCAAAAGGAGAGCCCCCCAGUUCCCACCUUCCCCAGCUGACGACUCCACCUCUACAGCCUAAAAAAUCAGCUCUGAAAUCCAGCUCCAAGAACCGUUCAAGUGGUCAGCGGACAGUCACACUCAUGUCCUCACCAGAGUACCAUGUGGUGCAUCUGCACUCCUCAGAGGCAGUGGGCACUGUGGAGAGUUGUUCGCAUGAACAUCCUUCUGCUGGGUUGGGUAGCUGGGAGGACAGAUCUGUGUUGGCGACUCCUGGUCCCCUUGGGCCCUUAUCUAGAAUGAGCCCAGUUAAUUGUGAUCGAAACUUACCCUUUCAGGGAGAAGAAAGGUCUCAAACAGCAGAUAUGGAACAGCUUCAGGCUACAGGACAGAUGGGAUCUGAUGCAUUAUCCAGCAGUGCUGAUUCAACCCAAACUCGUCUGAAUGAUGGACACAUCAGAGGGCCAAUCAGACCAGUCCAUCAAAGGGAGAACAGCCCACAAUUGGGGACAGACGCAGAGCAGCGAGAAGGACGACCCAAACUCUCCUUACGGCGGUUCUUCUCCGCCAUGGGACUGAACAGUACGGGUCUGCUGGGGAAGGGACGAUCCAGCAGCAUGGACCAGCUCAGCCCGCACCCUAAACCCAACUCAAACCCAAGCCCAAUCUCACCCUCACCCUCAACAUCCCCAAGCCCCACAAACAAACACCACCACCAGCUGAAGAAAGCUCCCUCACUGCAGACCCUACAACUGGGUUCUCCAUUUCUCCAACUGAGGAGAUCAUCGUCGGCUCAAAACCUUCAAAUUCCCAGGAAGAAAGACCGUUCAUCUGCAUAUACACAAGGAGAUCUGCCCUGUAGCCCUGUACUGUCCAGGAGUCUCCAGCGUGCCUUGAGUGUAGAGGAUGUGGGCCGGCCAAGUGCAGUCCGCCCGGUGGGACGUGUAGCUCAGGCCUUCCCUGAUGGGACCAUCUUGCUGGAGCUCUCCAGACCUCCCAACGGCCCCUUCGGCUUCCUCAUCUCACGAGGCAAAGGCAGACCAGACUCAGGGGUGUACGUUGAAGAAAUGGGCGACAGCAAUACUGAAAAGCUCUACACGGGUUUACUUGGAGUUGGGGAUGAGAUUCUGGAGGUGAACGGCGAAAAGGUUGCAGGACUCAGUAUGGACCUGGUGACCCGUUUAAUGACUCAAAACAGCACCGCUUCUAUCCGUGUGCUCCGGCACCAACAGCUCCAGCGCUAAUUAUGAAGAGCGCAAACUUUGCGAGAGCGACCUGUUCUACUGAGUUUGUACUGACUUAGAAUGAUCUGUUUGGGUGAUAUCUAGUUGAUAUCUGAUUGAUUACUGUCAAGACUAUCACAGCUGAAGUCAAUGUUAUGUUUUGCUGCUCUUUUGAGCUUAGAUGGUCAGAACAAAACAAAAGUUUGUGCACUUUUAAGCAAUGAUGGAAAGCAAAGUGACGUUCCUUUACGCUGUUCCUUUACAGCAGUGGUUCUCAACCUUUUUGACUCCAAGGCCCCCCCAUUGUCGGAGAAAAUAUUCGAAGGCCCCCCAUUUAGGCUAUCAGAUAUUUAUAUUAUAAGAUAUAUCUAUUAUAAGAUAUUUCCUUAAAACUUGUGAAUCCAGAAAUGUCUAGAACUGUAUAUUCUUCAUAAAAAGCAAGCUGUUGAAGGGAGUAUUACAUUUUUAGCAUUUUCAGUAAGUUGAAUUAUAAUAAUUAUAUAAAAAAUUAUAAUAAUCUAUUAUAUUUUAAAUAAUUGUACGAGAUCUUGAGGCCCCCCUGGAAGUGUGCUGAGGUCCCCUAGUGGGUCCCGACCCCCUGGUUGAGAACCACUGCUUUACAGCACUGUGCAAUAAUGCAUUAAGCUCAAUAAUGCAAGUUAAGCUCAAUCAACAGCAUUUGUGGCAUAAUGUUGAUUACUACAAAAAAUUAUUGACUCGUCCCUCGUUUAUAAAAAAAAAAAAAAAAAAAAAAAAUUGCGGUUACAAUUAGGCACUUGCAAUAAAAGUGAAUUCAACCUUUAAGCUUACGUUAUUAUGGCAAAUAUACAGUGAGUUUUCUAUGGUACCUCAAAAAGACCCACAUUUUUUACAACCAGAAUGCUUCUAUUGAAUUUAUAUUAUUUUAUUUCAAUAUUAUAUUGCUGUGGUACAAUUAAAUGAAUGAAGGCCAAGCGUACUUCAAGUACUAAAGGUACAUUAACUAUGAAAAGAUUAUGAAGAACUGAAGUAUUAUUGUAAAGGACAAUGUCAAUGCAUCUAGGCUUAAAGGUGUAUGCCAAAAAGACCAACGAAAGAUUAAUGGUCUAUAACAUUUCAUAACAUUUUUUUUUCCAUUUCAUUCAGAGCCACAGUUGCUUUUGCAUUCAGACUGCAAAAUGUCUUCUCCAUGCUGCUGACAAAUACACAGAACUAUAUUGUGCUCAAUGCAAAAUGGUUUAAAUAUUCUCUUUAAAAUGCUCACCAGCAUAGAGCUCAACACUCAAGCUGUAAUCGCAUUGAUCUUGAACUCCAAAUGCUCUUUAGCAAAUUGAUUCAAUAUCUCUCCAUGAGCCAGCAUAUUGUAAUGCCUCUGCAGUGCAAUCCAACACCAUUGGUGUGCUGUCCUUAAGGAUAUCAGUAUUACGGUACAUGCAACACGAAAAGCUACCAACCUAAUGUAUUUUGUUACAUUUAUUUAUGUGCUCCUAUAAACUGGCUUUUGUGGGAUAGCUUUGCUUUUUUCAUUCUAAAAUUUGUGUGCUGGAAGAUCUACAUUUAAAUAUGAAAUAACCUUGUAUGUUGUUUGUUUUACAAUUGAGCAAUAUUCUUUGUUAUGAAUACAGUCAGGACUGAGGGCAUUGUUAUGCCAUGUCCACACUAAUUUGUAUCGAUUUUGCUUUUUUUAUGCCUCUUAUCCACACUGGAACGGUGUUUUCCGGUAACCCCCUCAAUAAUAAUAAUCAAAACAAGCAAGUACAACCCCCUCCAAUAUUUAUACCAUGAUCAAUGGAAACAUGUAAAUGCUUCACGCUGCAACCCCCCCAGUGUUCAAGCCAAAUCUACGCCCUUGCCAUAACUGCAUACUUUGGAAAAUGAAGACAUUAGGAAACAAAUAAAAACGUUUUAAACGUUUAAAACGGGUUCGUGUGGAUGUGACCUUAGGCACAACGUGCAGCCAUCGCAAUCACCUUGAAAAUAUUCCGCAUAUAGCACUGCCUGAUUGCUUUUAGAAAAUGGUUUCUACAUAGUAAAAAUAUUAAGGACACAACAUUAUUGAUUUUUUAUUUUUUUUAAUUUAUUUUUUUAUUAAUGACAUUUUA